ACUGUGGGGCAUACAGUGUGUCUGAGGCAGAGUUACAGUAAUAGUCUUGGAGUCUAUGGAAGGCAUUUAAGAACACCUCAGGUGGCCUUUUCUGCAGCUCUCAGGGAAUCUGGCUCUGGAGAUAUUGGACCCUUCACCACUGCUGCCCCACUGCAGUAUAAGAGGGUCUUCUCCAACACUGGCAAUAGCUACAAUCCUUCAACAGGUAUUUUCACAGCAAUGGUCAAAGAAAUGUACUUCUUUCGAUUCUCCAUGUUCAACAACCUUGAUUGUCAAUCCAACUCUGUUGUGAGCCUCAUGAAGAACAGUGAACGGCUAACAUCUGUCUGGGACACUACAGGGUCUGAUGCCAAUGACAUGGGCAGCAACGCUGUGGUCAUCCCCCUCGAGGUGGGAGACAACGUGUAUGUGCAGCUCCAAGCAAACAGGGUGGUCUAUGAUAAUGGCAUGAACUACAACACCUUCAGUGGUUUUCUGCUCUUCACUAUUUGAUUUAAACAACAGGAUUUCAGGUCUGAAGAAGUCUUCAUGCUUUUAAAGUAAAAGGAAUAUACAUUUUAUCCACACUGCUACUACAGUUAUUAAUAACUAUCAAAAUAAAUGUGGUGCUUUCCCUGUGCAACGCCUGUAUCUGUACUUUCACCUAACAUUGUGAUUAUUUGUAUUGACCAUAAAAAAUGCCUGUAUGUUUCAAAAAAUACAAAAGAAAAUAAAAAUAUAAAAGCAAUACAAAAAUACCUGUGCAUGUGAGGUUUUGUAGAUGCAUACACAGAAUCCUUUUCUGAACAAUAAUUCAGCUGAAUAGGUCAGUGGGUCUUCUGGGCCAAAGCCACUGGACAACAUUAACUCUCGACUCCACCAUAGUAAAUGACAAUGAUUAGCAAAAUAGGUCAUUCAGCGAGUUUUAUAUAACUCAAACAGUUAAGAUUGUUUUAUUUUGAGUUAUCCACAGAUUUCAUAUUUCCAUACAGACACUCUAGUGAACAGCCCUCGUAUGCACAUGUGCAGUUGGCAAUGUGUAUUGUUCUAUUGUGGGAUACCGCUGGUAAGUUUGAAUAAAGUGUGACAUAAAGAAGAUCAGUAAUAGCCAGAAAACAUCCCCCCCCACAGGUGGAUGGUCUUUGGUUGCAUGCUCCCAUGGCAUUGUGUACAGUCUAAAAUUCAACCUACAAACAGAAAGUCCAAGAGGUAUUGUUGACCUUCUUUUCAUUUCCCAAAUGUUUGCCUAUAUGACUCUGCACAUGGUUUGUAACAACACAUACCCCCCCCCCCCCCAUUUCAUCCUCAUGAAGGAAGACCAGCAGCCCCGAAAAACAGAACUCGGGUAAAGCAGAUUGUCGAAAACUGAGUGCCCUUGCCAUGGCUCAGAAAGAAAUCUGAGAAUUCAGAAGAAAAUGAACAUCCAUUAAUUGGGAAAAGCCUCCAUUUUGCACUACAUGUCAAACUUCAUCACAGUAACACGAAAGACCCUCAUUGUCACGGGUCAGGGCGCUGAAUGCAGACUGAGGUGAGGACCCAAAUGCAGACAAUGGCGAGGCGAGAGGAGGAUGCAGUUCAAUUAAAGCUAAUUAAAACUAAAACAGGUUUACAUGGAGCUCAGGGCAAAGACACCCAAAACACGAGUCUCAGGGGCCCAAAUUCAGGCGGCCGACCCAGAGGUCGACUCAGCAGGCCGGGCAGAACAGGGGGACCAGACGGGGGAACCUCAGGCGGCUGGCCUGAGAACUGGGCCGGGGGGCCAGACAACUCAGUGGGACGGCCUAGCAGGCCGAGUUCAAGGGGUUGGCAGGACGGCCAACAGUGAGGCAGCAAACUCACUGGGGGCUGAGCAGGAUGGCACCCAAAGCUUGGGUGCUCUGGAGGCGCAGCUGGGCUGAGGUGCUCGGACCGAGGAGCUGGGGGCUAGCAGCGCUAGCGGGCCGGGAAACAGGCUGGGGGCUAGCCGCAGGGGUGCUAGUGUUCAAAAAACUUUUUGCCCACCUUGGCAACUGACGCCGCAACCAUGGCUUUGUGGCUGCCUCCCAGUGGGCCCUGGUGAGAGCGGCUUGCUGGGAUGUGCGGCUUGACGCAAACUGCCAGAUAGUCCACAAUUCGGCCAAGACAUCCAGAAACCUCUCCCUUUCCAUUUUUGCAUCUACUGGGUUCAUGUGUGGUCACGUCCUACGGUCACGGGUCGGGGCGCUGAGUGCAGACUGAGGUGAGAACCCAAAUGCAGACAAUGGCAAGGCGAGAG